UGCUGCUGCUGCUGCUGCUGCUGCUUGUCGUGGCGGCGGGGCCGGGCUCGGGAUGAGCUGGAAGGUGCGGUGGGGCCCUACCCCAGAGCGGUCGCCCCCGGGCGACGGGGACCAGUCGCCUCCCCCUUCGCUCUCACCUCCCGGGGCGGUGUCACCGAAGUCUCCCCCGGCCUCCUUUUCUUGCACCACCCCAGUCUCAGCCCCAGGCGGGGGCCUAUUUGCUUGGGUGCGGGAGCGGGGCCUGGGCCAUGGGGGCCGCUGCGUGGAGCCGGCGAGGGACACGUUCCGGGCCAUGACGGGGCUCUAUGGUGCUAUCCAGCCUGCCGAUUCGGUGUCCCCCAUCACCCGCACCCACGGCGCUGUUUUCAACCUGGAGUACUCCCCUGGCGGGUCAGUGCUAACUGUUGCUUGUGAACAGACAGAAGUCCUGCUGUUUGAUCCCAUCUCUUCAAAGCACAUCAAAACCCUUUCCACUGCUCAUGAGGAUUGUGUAAAUAAUAUCAGGUUUCUUGAUAACAGAUUGUUUGCAACUUGCUCCGAUGACACUACCGUAGCCCUCUGGGAUCUGAGGAAGCUAGAUUCAAAAGUGUGCACUUUACAUGGUCACACCAGCUGGGUGAAGAACAUUGAAUAUGACACUAACACAAGAUUGCUGGUAACAUCAGGAUUUGAUGGAAAUGUCAUCAUUUGGGAUACCAACAGGUGCACAGAAGAUGGAUGUCCUCACAAGAAGUUCUUUCACACCCGCUUUCUCAUGCGCAUGAGAUUGACUCCAGACUGUUCCAAAAUGUUGAUCUCCACUUCUUCUGGGUAUCUCCUGAUCUUGCAUGAUCUUGACUUGACCAAAUCUUUAGAAGUUGUCAGUUAUCCCAUUCUAAGAGCCAGGAGAACCACAUCAAAUUCUGAUCUGGCAUCCGUCACUUCAUCUGGUCCUAGAAGUGCUGGAUCACCAGGGCGGCAAGGAGAUUCAAGCCCACUUACUGAGAAACAUACAGUACGAGUGGCCCAGCGAGAAGGUGGAUCUCCACGUAAUAGUCUUGAGGUUUUAACCCCAGAGGUUCCUGGUGAGAGGGAUCGGGGAAACUGCAUUACAUCACUGCAGCUCCAUCCCAAAGGAUGGGCUACACUUCUUCGAUGUUCAAGUAACACUGAUGAUCAAGAGUGGACCUGUGUUUAUGAAUUCCAAGAAGGAGCACCAGUGCGGCCAGUUUCCCCUCGCUGUUCCCUCCGAUUGACUCAUUGCAUCGAAGAAGCCAACGUUGGCCAGGGCUAUAUUAAAGAACUCUGUUUCAGUCCAGAUGGUCGAAUGAUCUCCUCCCCACAUGGCUAUGGAAUCCGCUUGUUGGGGUUUGACACCCAGUGCAGCGAACUGAUCGACUGCUUGCCCAAAGAAGCUGCCCCCUUGCAAGAGAUCCGCUCGCUCUAUUCACAUGGCGAUGUGGUUCUGACUACCAAGUUCUCUCCAACGCACUGUCAGAUUGCCUCUGGGUGCCUUAGCGGUCGUGUUUCUUUAUAUCAGCCAAAGUUCUAGGCUCCUCUUGCCUUCAGAGGAACAUCUCUCUUUUUUUUAACUACUUCAGUUUAGUUGGAGUGUUUGCUUUUUAAAAAAAAAUCUUGUAAAUUUGGACAAGUACGGAAUUAAUCUUGGGCUGAAAACUGAUCCAAGUCCAGUCCUUUAUGUGUGCUGUGACUCUGAAUUUGCACAUUAGACUUUUGUGUACAUUCUUUCUCUCUGCUCCUGGUAAUUCCAUCUGUAUUUGGAUGUAGCUUGGUAGCACUUGUAAGCCUUGUCUUUCUAUGUGACUCUUUGUGCAAGAUGUUGGAUGGGCUUGAAAGGAGGGGAAACAGUCAGCCAACACCUGUCUGCUGCUUUGUAUCAAAGGAGCUGGACAUCAGCUCACUUGGCUUCCUUGAUUUCUGGAUUUUGCUGUAUGUUUUCUUCUAAGUAAUAGAGCACUUUCUUGCACACCAGAUUAAUUAUAGCCAGCAUUUACAUUAUUUUUUCGUGAACAACUAAACAGACUGUUAUCACUACUUUUUAGUCUUUUUCCAUUGUGGUUCAGUUUGUAGGCUGGUACUCUGAAGAACUGUGCAGUGUUAAUUACCACUCUCUGCUCCCACACACAGACCUCUCUCAUCUAGGACCUUCAUUGACUUUCUGGAGAACGUUUAUUAGGAGCUGAAUAACUUAACAUCUUGCUUUCUCAAAUUUCUCUUAAAGGAGCAUCUUCUAUAAUAUUAUUGGACAUAGAUUGGAGAGUGAAGUAUGCACCCAACCACGUAUAUUUACAAUCCAGCGGGAAAUUCUCCUGCGCAAACCUCAGUGAAAUGAGUAGGAGCUUGUAAGCAAACAAGCUCUGGUGGAGCUUUAAAUGAACCUUCUGUUCAUUUAAAAGAGGCUGGUGCUGGGGAACAUCAAGAAGCUUUGUGUCCUCUCUCUUGUGAUGGGUUUCAUCGCAACAAAGGACUUUGAAAUUGAAUAAAAUCUUUUUUUAAGUGUCAAAUUUUAAA